CGGCCGGAACCGGAAGUGAUCAGGAAGGCUGAGGUUUGAGUUUUCUUAUUGGUGGGAGAAGCCUUCCCAGAGCGGCUCGCGGACAUGGCAACCGGAAGAGGAACUGUUUGCCCCCUCCACUGCCGCAGCCAUGCAGAGGGAGGAGAAGCAGCUUGAGGCAUCAUUAGAUGCACUGCUGAGUCAAGUGGCUGAUCUGAAGAACUCACUGGGGAGUUUCAUUUAUAAGUUGGAGAACGAGUAUGACCGGCUGACCUGGCCCUCUGUCCUGGACAGCUUUGCCUUGCUCUCUGGACAGCUGAACACCCUGAACAAGGUCUUGAAGCAUGAAAAGACACCACUGUUCCGUAAUCAGGUCAUUAUUCCUUUGGUGCUGUCCCCAGACCGAGAUGAAGAUCUCAUGCGGCAGACUGAAGGACGAGUACCUGUUUUCAGCCAUGAGGUGGUCCCCGACCAUCUGAGAACCAAGCCUGACCCUGAGGUUGAAGAGCAAGAGAAGCAACUAACAACAGAUGCUGCCCGCAUUGGUGGUGAUGCAGCUCAGGUUGGAAAGCAGAUCCAGAGCUUGAAUAAAAUGUGCUCAAACCUUUUGGAGAAAAUCAGCAAAGAGGAACGAGAAUCAGAGAGUGGAGGUCUCCGGCCGAACAAGCAGACCUUUAACCCUGCAGACACCAAUGCCUUGGUAGCAGCUGUUGCCUUUGGGAAGGGACUAUCUAAUUGGAGACCUUCUGGCAGCAGUGGUCCUGGCCAGUCAGGCCAGCCAGGAGCUGGGACAAUCCUUGCAGGAACCUCAGGGUUACAGCAGGUGCAGAUGACAGGAGCUCCAAGCCAGCAGCAGCCAAUGCUCAGUGGGGUGCAGAUGGCCCAAGCAGGUCAACCAGGAUGGGAAAGGGAGAAGCUUGAGACAACCCCAGGUGGCAGUUUCCAUCUCUACCUGCCACUCGUGUUGUCCAGCAGCCUAGACCCUCAGUUCCUGUGGUUCUUAGCCGAUUCCCCUGCACCUCCCGAACUCUGCUCCCUCCACAGCCCUAUCUGCUUGCUCACUCACUGUGGAUAAAAUGAGAGUUCCUGUGGCCAGGAGUCUCACCUGGCCCUGGUUGACUAGCUCACUGCACACCUGUGGGCAAUACAUGGCUGCUGACUCUAUAUAAAGAGCUCCGCCCAGUGCUCUGGGCACGACACAGUGGCAUGGCUGCAAGGCUGCAGGAGAGCAGAGCAGAGGCUAGAGUGGUGGCAGCACCGAGGACAGAGGCCCAGAGGAUGGCUGUGCGGGAUGACUGUGCAGAGAGGCCCAGAGGAUGGCUGUGUGGGACGACUGUGCAGAGAGGCCCAGAGGACGGCUGUGCAGACAGAGGGGCCCAGAGGACAGCUGUGCAACAGAGGGGCCCAGAGGAAGGCUGUGCGGGACGGCUGUGCAGAGAGGCCCAGAGGAUGGCUGUGUGGGACGACUGUGCAGAGAGGCCCAGAGGACGGCUGUGCAGACAGAGGGGCCCAGAGGCAGAGACCGGCUUGCUGCAUGCAGACUUGCUCUGAGUGGAUGGGAUUCUAGUGACUGACCUGCCACCUGGAAAUAAAGUUGGGUAUCACCCUUUCACCCCAAGAA